UAUAGAUAUAUAUUUAAAGUCUCUAUUCUGGAAAUGGCAGAUACUUCUACAGUUCAGGUGGCUCUCAGGAUAAGGCCUUUGGUGCCAAGUGAAAUAUCUAAAGGCUGCAAGUCUGCAUUGGAUGUAAUAACAAGUUUAAACCAAGUGCGGAUUCUAGAUUCUGAAAAGGCCUUCUCUUAUAAUUAUGUCUUUGGUAGUGAGACAAACCAAGAAAUAUUCUACAACAUCUGUGUGCAACCACUGAUUAAGAACUUAUUCAAAGGAUAUAAUGUCACAAUUUUAGCAUAUGGACAAACUGGCUCAGGUAAAACUCAUUCCAUGGGCACUGCCUAUAAGGGUGAGGGUGAGAUGGGUGUAAUUCCAAGAGCAGUUAAUGAUAUUUUUGACUAUGUAAAAGAUAAUUUUGGAUAUGAUUUCACAAUAACAGUAUCCUUCAUGGAACUUUACCAAGAGAUAUUAUAUGAUUUACUGUCUCUUAAACCAAGGGACCAGUGUGUUGUAGAAAUGCGUGAAGAUAUAAACAAAGGUAUAUUCAUACCUGGAUUAACUGAACAAGUGGUUAAUAACAUGUCAGAAACUUUGGACUGUCUGCUAAGAGGAUCACAAGGUAGAGCCACAGCUUCCACUAACAUGAAUGCCCAAAGUUCAAGGAGUCACGCAAUUUUCACUAUAACACUUGCAAUGCAGAAGAAAGGCUCUAGUGAAUCCAAAACGGCUAAAUUUCAUUUGGUUGAUCUGGCUGGCUCAGAAAGAUCUAAGAAAACUGGAGCCACUGGGCAAACUUUGAAAGAGGGAAUUAACAUCAAUAGAGGUCUUCUAGCUUUAGGAAACGUGAUAUCGGCUUUAGGAGAUGAUAAAGGACAACCUUCUUACAUCAGUUAUCGAGAUAGUAAUUUAACUAGGCUUCUUAAAGAUUCAUUGGGCGGAAACAGUAUUACAUUGAUGAUAGCAUGCGUUAGUCCUGCCGAUUACAACGUGGAGGAAACUGUUUCCACAUUACGAUAUGCCGACAGGGCUCGAAAAAUUAAGAAUAAGCCUGUUGUUAAUGAAGACCCUAAAGCAGCAGAAAUUAAUAGAUUAAACAAAUUAGUGCAACAAUUGAGGCUGGAAAUUGUUGGACAAGGUGGGCCUAUCAUAUGUCAGGAAGAGUUAUCUUCGCUUAAAAAUGAGAUUUACGAUUUGAAAUCGAAAAACAGGAAUUUGACCGUCAAACUGUCUUCAACCAUAACAGAAAAUACAGCACUUCUCGAACGAGUCUUGAUCUUCCAAGCUUCGAACGAAUGCAUGUCAAAGAAGUUGAACGAUCUGAAAGAUACAUACGAUAUUACAUUGAAUAAUUUGAAUGUAAGUUUAGAAUCGAGUGAUGUGGCUGCAAUCAAGCAGCACGUAUGUAAUUUGAAAGAAAUCCAAAGUCAGUUCACCGAACUCGACAAGGAGCAGAAGAAGAACGAGGACGAAAUUAAGAUGCAUGAGAUUACCGUCGCCAAGAACACUUUAUCUGGCGAGGCGACGUCUGAGACUGAAAUAAAUGAGAGGCAAGAAUCGCACACGGCCCAACAGAUCGCAAUGAACUAUCAGCUGCAGGAGGUGACCAGGAUGUUAGCCCAGAAAGAGAUGCUGGCACAGAAAAUUGCCGACAAUAAUUGUCAUAUGGUUGACUUUUCCGAAAUGGCUGAAAACGAGGCGAAAAUUAUGGCACUGCAGAAGGAAAAAGAUGAGCUGUUGCAACAACUGAAUUCCGUAAAAUCGCACGGAGCCAGCUCAAAGAUAGCCGAGCAACGCAGAAGGCGUGUCCAGGAAUUAGAGGGACAGUUGCACGAUUUAAAUAGGAAAGUACAGGAGCAAGCAAGACUGAUUAAGCUUAAGGAGAAGGACGAGAUAAAAAUACGUCAGCUGAAUAACGAGAUUCAGAGUAUGAAGUCAACUAAGGUGAAGCUCAUCAAGAGCAUGCGGCAAGAAUCGGAUAACUUCCGGACGUGGAAAAUUCAGCGCGAGAGGGAGUUGUCGAAAUUGAAAGAUCAAGAUAGGAAACGCCUCAAUCAAAUUGCUAAAAUGGAAACCAAGCACAGCAGACAGCAGAAUGUACUGAAAAGGAAAGUGGAAGAGGCUGCAGCUAUUAACAAAAGAUUAAAGGAUGCUUUGGCGUUGAGAAAAGCCGCGCAAGAUACUAAAAUGAGUGGCAAAAUCGAACGCUUUGGUCCAUGGGUUCAAAGGGAGUUAGAUGUUUUUGUUAGCACUGUAGAAGCCACCGCGACAUUGGAAACUCUUAUAGAAGAUCGAGGUACAUUACAGCAUCAGUUAGAGAGUUUGAAAGCUUCAGACGAUGCACAUACUGAGACUAAGAUUGGCGAAAUUCAUCAUCUGGAGGACGACAUCGAACUUAGAUCAGCACAAAUCCAAGAGAUCCAACAGAAAAUUUUGGACAGCGAUGAAGAAAACAAGUGCAAGACCCGUUUUGACAACAUCCAGACAAUGGGCGAAGCCAAGUACACGUUGAAAGCAUUGUUUGAGUUGACGGCUGAAAUUAAGAAAAAAGAAGCGUCAAAGGAAUUCAAAUUGAAUGAUUUGCAAUCACAUCAGUCUGAGCUAGUGAAUAAACUCCGUUCGUUUGAAGAGCGGAAUGAGUAUUUGGGCGAGAAGCAACGGGAUGAAAUAUCAAAGAUUCAAUCAGAGUAUGAAGAGAAGAUAUCGGUUCUUCUCAAACGCAUCCGCGGUAUCGAGAUGAAUGUGGAAGAAAAUGCUAUUAACGAGAACAUCCAUAUUCAAGAAUUUGAGAGGAUGGAGCAGAAAUUGGAGAACGUUUUGGAAGAGAAUUCCGAGCUGCGAAAGAAAGUCGAGGAGAUUAAUAAAUUGUUGGAGGAAACAAAGAACAUGUCAAAAAGUUCUAUACCAUUAAUUACAACACCGCCAAGACCAAAACGUCCGUCAACAGAUGAUAUUAACGGCACAUUUGUAAAGAAAGCGCGAGAGGACACAGACGGAGAGGAUAUUAUAUUUGGAACACCACUCCGAAUGGACACCACGUUCGAAGAUGACGAUACCAAGGAUCCUGAUUGGAGAAAAACGCCAUUAGCGAAGCGCCUUCGGAAGAUGAAAAGCACCAUGGAAACCACUGUACCGACAAAGAGGAGCAUAUCAGGAGGUUGCAGUUGUUCCAAGACUGACUGCUCAUCAAAAAUGUGCGGCUGCAGAAAAUUCUCCGCCACAUGCAAUGAGAAUUGUAAAUGCAAUUCGACUAUUUGUAUCAAUAAAGGAAACGACGAGAACAAGAGCCCCGAGUUGCAGGAAUUUGAUACGAGGUACGAAGAUAAUGAAGAGGUCUCCUUUAAGAAACCAAGGUCCCUGGAACUAAUCCCAGAUAAACUAGGAAGGAAGACAAGAAAGCUGUACACAUUGGCGCAUAUAAAAUAAGAGCGAUCAUACAUUUAUUAAGUUUAUUCAUUUAGUAGUAUAUUGUUAUUCCAGUAAUUUACAUAUUUAUAUUUUUGUAUGUCCAUAUUAAAUAAGAACGAGAUAUUAA